CCACUUUAAGAUUGGAAAAAUUGAUUUUUUAGUCCCUCUUUCCAACCUCAUUUUAUCUUCAAGUUUGCGGUGUAAACACUGAAAGCUAGCUAUCUUAUCUACUGCAUUUUGUGUAUCAGGAGGCACGGCCGGCAGACACGGCAAAUUAAGGCAGAGAUUUAUUUGAAAGUUGACCAGCUUGACGUAAUUUUGUGCAAUUGAACCACGCCACAAAGAGACGACACGUAGAAAAAUCAUCGGCUGCAAACGUGAAGAAGUCAAACAAAGGAAAAGAUGGAGCAGAAUCGAAUGGCACCCUGCAUUCAGCUACCGUUGGACAAUAAAUUGCUCGAGAGCGUUGUAGAGAAGGCCAAGGAUUGGGCUUUGAUGCACGGAGCCUGCAUGCGCUCAAAAACCAACUUGAACAAGGAUGUCUUGCAGUUUGCUCCGUUUGUCUUGUUGCCAUCGACUUUCCCAAGGAGAGAGUUCCAAAAAGCUGUGGAAAUCCAGCCUAUCCUGAACGAACUCAUGCACAAGGUCGCUCACGAUUAUGAGUUUUUAUCCAGCAGUUUGAAAAGCACUAACACCGUUGAUAAUUUCACGAGAAGGUUGUUUGAGAUUUACGAAACCGUGAGAAAAGAUGGCAUUACUCAGCCCAUCAGUCUGGGGCUGGUUCGCUCGGACAUUAUGUUAGAGUCCGCGUGCAGUGGCAAAGAGCGCGGUUCAGCGGCCAAAUCCGAUCCGUAUUGUUGCUGGAAGCAGGUGGAAAUCAACACGAUAGCGUCAGGGUUUGGCUGGUUGGGCCCAGCCUCCGGCCUCAUCCAUAGGUACGUCCUGCAAGAGCUUGGCAGAAUGGAUAUGAUCCAAAACCUCCCUGAAAAUCGUGCUCUUCAGGGUCUCUGCCAAGGAAUGCUUGAGGCUUGGAAAUUAUACAACAACGAGAAAGCUGUUAUCAUGUUCGUCGUGGAAGAUGUCACUUACAACAUUUGCGAUCAACGCUUUCACGAAUUCGAGCUGCGCUCCCAAAAUCCAAACGUGCCAGUAAUCAGACGCAAUCUGACCCAGAUUUCGGAGAGAGCCAAACUCGGAUCCAAGAAAGAGCUCAUCUUGGAUGAUAUGGAAGUCGGCGUCAUUUACUUCAGAGCAGGCUACGAACCAGGGCAAUACCAUUCUGAAAACGAGUGGAACGCACGCCUGCUGAUGGAGCGCUCCAAAGCUAUCAAGUGUCCGAGCAUUUAUUACCACCUGGCUGGGACCAAGAAGGUGCAGCAGGCACUCGCAAAGCCAGGCGUCCUAGAAAAAUUCCUCUCACCAGACAAAACUUCCGUCGUCAAGGAAAUCUUUACUGGACUCUAUUCUCUGGACAAGGAUGAGUUUGGAGACCGAGCCGUUCAAAUGGCGAUCGAAAAUCCUGGCCACUUUGUGUUGAAACCUCAGCGAGAAGGCGGCGGCAACAACGUGUACGGAGACCAAGUACGCACUGCAGUUGAGGCAAUGAAGGAUUCUGAGGAGCGGUCUGCGUGGAUUCUGAUGGAGAGGAUUUCGCCACCGAUGCAGCUGAAUUACCUGGUCAGACCUGGCGACCCCAACAAUGGGUGUCCACCCUUGAGCGACGUGGUCGGAGAACUAGGAAUCUUUGGAGUUGUGAUUGGAGACUCUGAAAAGAUUCUGGUGAACAAGCAAGUUGGUCACAUGCUUCGAACCAAGCUGAGCACCGCAGAUGAGGGUGGCGUAGCUGCCGGCCUUGGCGCCCUCGACAGCCCUUACCUGGUUGACCUUUCUAGUUGCUGCGAGUAAUUUAGAAUCCAAUUUGUAUUUGCUUAUACGACUGUUUGUAAAAACAAACUAAAACGACACUAUCACUUUCAUGCUGAUAAACGACCUAUUGUUAUUAGCAUUUAUGAUAAUUGUGCCUAUAUUAUUCUUAUUUUAUCAUUCCAGCUUUUACUAAAUCACAUUAUUUGGAUGAAUGAAUCUUUUUUGUUUUUCGUGGUUGAAAUUAGUCAAUUUUUGUUAUACUGAUUUUAUGUUCAUGAGACAAACAGUUGUUUUCAGUGUAGUACCACUUGUUGUGGCUAGAGCUUGAGAAUUUUUUAUCUUUUUCACCUUCCAAGCCAUACUUUUGGAGUGAAAAAUAUUUGUAAUCUAUGGUUGCGGCGCUGGGAGAUCAGUGGUUACCAAAAAUAAAAUAAUAUUUUUCCAAA